AUGUUGAGCCCUGCAUGUUCUUUCUGGGACAUCAGUUAUCGUUUAUGUACCUACACCUCCAUCUUCAUCAUUUUCCUAAUUGCCUGGCAAAUAAGACGGAGAUACCAGGGACUGAGCUUGAAACCUAAAGAGAUCUGCUACCGGCAUCACCGAAAAGUCAGGCAAAGGGCUAGAGAUGCAGCGUCAAGAGCCAGGAGACUUUCCCAGGAAGAAGCUGAGAAGCCAUGGGAGCUGCUCUCUAUCAUGAAAAGCCAAAGCUGGAUCCCUAAGGAGGGAAAUGUGCGGCAGCUCCUGUGUUUAGAUCCCAGCUGUCAAAUCUGUGAGGCUGCAACUCUAGAGAUUCAGCAGUUGCUGCAGAGCGAGAGAAGCCAGCUCUCCCCUGCUCUGCUGGGCCUGCCACGGGGCUCUGCUCACUCUGCUCGCUUGGAGAUGUUGCCCAUGUCUUUUGAACGGAAUGUGGAGCUCCGUUCCAGGCACGCCAGACAUCUCCCACUGGUGCCUGGAAACCAAACACUCACACAACUAACUGAACGCUUGACACAGCUGACCAACGCAGUGGGUGUACAAGAGUACUGGACUGAUCAUCUCCAGCUAGAUCAAAAAUUUCAUCUAGCCAACAUGCCCAUGGUCUCAGAGACUAUGGGUUCUUCGAGGCUCAAGGAGCCUAUGGUCUUAAUGAUUGAGGAAAAUAUAAUGGAAAGCAAAGCAACGCUUGACCAGGAAAGCCAAGACCUUCAUCACGUGAAGUCCUCUGUGUCUUUACUAUCCCUGGAUCCAAAGAUUAACUUGACACAUACUAUGUCCUUACACAUGGACUCAAUGCUGUCUUCCCAUCUGCCACUGCUUACUCCUAAAGUCCGUGGGCUUCUUGAACUACAUGUAAAAAAACUGAUACAUUUCCAGAAGUGGGGUCUUCCCCGACGUGUGGAAGAGUCCCUGAGACAGCUUAUGCCGGACCCGACAUUAUUUUGUCGAUACAGAGAAAGUCCGUCUUCCUACAUUCUGAGCAGUAGUUCUAGGGACACUAAGGACAAAAUUGGGAUCACUUCCCACAAGGCAAACAACUUAUAUCUGGCAGAGCAGCCCAUCCAGACUUUCUGGGUGUCCGAAUGGCCUGUUAUAAACUUGAAACAAGGAAGGCCCUGGCACCAAAUCUAUACUUGCUUGCCCUCUCAUGAAGGUGAGCAUCUAAGGAAUUUCUAUCCAUUCCCCAAGGCAAAGGCUACCAACUCAGGGGACAACCUUCAGAGUGAACAUUAUAGCCAGUUAUUCUGUGGCCUUCCAUCUCUUCACAGUGAGUCCUUGGAUGUUACUUCCUUGAGCUCUCAAGGCAUCUGCAAGAAAAAGAACAUGUCCAAGCCCUCCAGAGAUGCUCAGUCCCCAGGGGCACUCUCAGGCCUUUUCUUAUCCAAAACACCACGCAAGUCAGCCCUGCCCUCUUCCCCAACUCCUCCAAAUGCCAAGACUCCCUGUGAGCAUGAAGGAACACAGAUCACCGUCCCUUUCCUGACUCUGGCUGAGUGUGAGACAUUGGAACGCCACCUCCUAGAGAAGCAACUCAAGAUUCAGUGGGGCCUGCCAGCUCUCUUUCUACAAAACCAGUACACCCAGAGCCGAAUGCCGUGCGAAGCACAGGGUAAAGCUAAGACAGCAAAAACUUUGUUGGACAGGAAGUCCUUCUCAUAUCCCACCAGGGAACUCUUCCCAGAGCAUGCGCGCAGGCUGCUGGAAUUCCACCUCCAGAAGCAGCUGAUUCACCUCCGAUGGGGGCUGCCCCAGAGGAUCCAGCGCUCCAUUCAUAUGCUCCUCUCUUCUGACCAGCCUUCCCUGUCCUGCAGGGACAGCAUGCUACCCAGUGCGAGCAUGCUACAGCCGGGGAAGCCAGAGGCCGAUGGGUCUGGUGACAUGUUCUCACCCACAGCGGGCGAAGAGCCAAUCCCCAUGCCACACUUGUUUGCCGAGGCAAGGGAAAUGUUGAAAAGCCAUGUGGAUUCCAAGUGUGAACAGAUCCACGAGGGCAAGAUCCCGGCCCAAGUCUGGAGCUCUUGGGAAUGCAGAAUUCCUGGGAGCUUGGCAGCAAUGGCUCCCUUCCCUUGGGUUCCACAAGACCAAUGCAGAAAGUUACAGGCAGAAAGUAAAAGUAACACUGACCUACAUCCCAAAGCUGUGCCCUGGAAACCAAAGACCUUCAGCCAGGAGACACAGACCUUAUCCGGUGCUCUCUUUGAACAUUGUAAGCGGCCCCAAGCCCUGUCUGAGGAAACUAUUAAGAAACUGGAGACAACUUUACAUCAUAAGUACCUGGCCUUCCUGUCAGGCCUGCCUGCCCUUUACUGUGUGGCUCUCUCUAGGCCUGCAUCGCCAGCAGUCACUAACCAACCUAGACUCAGAGAGAAGAUGUCCAGACCUGUCAAAAGCCCAUCAAAAGCUCUGACUCAAAUUACCCCAAUGGAGCCCCGUGCUCAGGAUGACAGUGGUGUGUCUGCUGACACUGUGCAAGAGUUUCAGCCUGGAGUACCGGCGAGAGGAAGGACAGAGAAGGCACCUCCAGAGCGCCAGUCUCCCCAAGAAAGACCCUGCUCACUAAACACACAUAUCUUGGCCAAACUGAAUUUCCACCUGAAAAAGAAGGUCCUAGCAAUGCAGUUUGGGAUUUCUGAAAGGGAGAGGAGAGAGUACAAAGAUGUGGCUACAGUCAGCCUUGAGAGUGAAUCCAUCCAGGAGUUCCUCAGGAGUCUACACAUCCCAGAGAGCACACUGCUACAGGGACAGCUCACCGUAAGCCCAUCCCCUCCAGCCCCAAAUACAAAAAGGGUCCACCUUAAAAAGCAGCCAGGUCCUGCAGCACAGGCUGUAUACCAGGGUCAAAAGCAACCUACUUCCAAAGCCGUGCCCUACAGUUCUGCCCAGCAGGGGUCCACGGCCUCACAAUCCCAAAAGGAUACGAUGAAGACCCAAGUCUAUGUUGACAUGGACACUGGAAGGAGAAAGCCCAGCCUAGAGAAACCCAUGGCCGUGGGGGACCUUGGGGAAGGGGAUGCAGGUCUUGGGUUUUCCCUGGUCUGUCAGAAGACACACCAAGAUGGAGAACAGGAACCAGAAAAGAAGCUCCUGCACAGAACAGCCCCGGCCUCCUCACAACAGGGCCACGUCUUUCAUCUUGAGGAUGCCCGUCCACACAGCCCCCAGAAGCUCCCUGAGCUUGAGUUCCCAGAUCCACCUCCAGAGGUCUUUAUGGAGACAGACUCUGAGCAGGACACAGAAGACAGUCAAAGCGAGGAAUCCACUGUCCCGGAAGCUGCAAGGAUCGCUGAAGGCCCCCAGCCUGUGGCCUCCCAGGCUGCCCAGGGCCUUCCUUUCCCAUGCUCACCAACUCAGAGAAAGCCUUUUCAGGGCCAACCUUGUCCAGGUCACUUUUCACCGGGGCAUAUGACGCCACCGUCUCCUUACUCUAAGUCCAGCCGUCUUCCAGAGGCUGGCUUGAAAAAUAAGAUGAAAUUCUUUUUUCACUCUAUUAACCCCAAGAUAAAGAGCAAAACCCAAAUGGAACCAUCCAUGGUCUCUACACCUGGGAAGGUGACCAAAACCAGUAAAGAAAAUGUUGAAAGGGCUCUGCCUCGAACCAAGAGCCUCACCAAGAAAGCUAAGCCAGAGGACUCCAGAGGGCCCAAGGCCCAGGUUUCGUCCUCUGAGAAGUCAGUGAUCGCCUCCUUGUUAACUGCUCCCUAUAUUCUAGACAGUAAGCUCCGGCCUCGUUCCCGGCAGCUAAGCCCUGUCUCGGUACUAGGCAACUCCCGCCAUUGCCCUCGGCACUGUCCUAAGUUGGCUUAUGCCAUUCAACACAGAAAUCCACCCUAG